AUGAAUAGCGAUGACGAGUACAAACAAAACACUGUUCACAAGGAAGCGUACAGCCCGCCAGCUACAGACAGCAAUGCCGCGGAUUACGCUUACGAUCAGAUUGAAGAGAAGAGGUUGAUUCGCAAAGUCGAUUGGAGACUUCUACCAAUCUUGGGCGCACUUUACUCUAUCGCGCUGAUAGAUCGCACGAACAUUUCCAAUGCGCGUGUUGCUGGAAUGGGGACAGAUCUUGACCUCCAGAUCGGUGAUCGAUAUACCAUCGUCUUGGUCCUCUUCUUUCCUACGUACUUCCUGCUCGAACUUCCGUCUAACAUCGUCCUUCGAAAAGUUGGGAGUGCCAACUGGCUGGCCUUUAUCGCUGUGUCGUGGGGCGCUGUCAUGAUAGGGCAGGGUUUCGUCGAGAGUUGGAUAUCGCUCGCCAUAUGCCGUGUAUUGCUCGGAGCGUUCGAGGCGGGCUUCUUCCCCGGAUGUGUAUAUCUCAUCACUUGCUGGUACCGUCGCUAUGAAACACAAAAGCGACUUGGUGGCUUCUAUCUCUUCUCAGUCGGUAUUGGUGGUCUUGCAAACAUCCUUGCAUACGGCCUCAUGCAAAUGGAAGGUGUCGGUGGUAUUCGGGGCUGGAGAUGGAUAUUCAUAAUCGAAGGGAUCAUCACCUGUCUAGUUGCAAUCGCAGCCUGGUUCAUCAUCUUGGACUUUCCCGAUAAAGCCGAGAAGAAAGGUUUUCUCACCUCCACCGAGGCCGCUGUUAUCAUGCAGCGUAUUGAAGACGAUCGUGGCGACUCAGUAGCGGAUCCUCUGACCUGGGCUAAGUUCUUCCAACAUCUAAAGGACCUGAGGCUUUGGGCGUACGCCACGCUCUUCAUGUCGACGACGAUGCCCGCAUACGCCUUCAGUUACUUCCUCCCCGUCAUCCUCCUCGGCAUGGGCUACUCUGCUGGGCAAGCCAACGCCCUUUCAGCACCUCCCAGUUUGUUCGCGAUGAUCACAGCGUUCGGGUUCGCAUGGCUAGGGGAUAAGUACCGUGUGCGUGCUCCCGUCAUCGCCGCUCAAUCAGUCCUUGCCAUCAUCGGUCUCAUGAUAGUUGCAUACGCCGAAAACAAUGGGGCAAGGUACUUUGGCUCAUUCCUCGGGGUAUGUGGCUGCCAGGGCAACGUCCCGGCUAUCCUUGCGUAUCAGAGCAACAAUAUUCGAGGCCAAAGUAAGCGGUCCGUUGGAAGCGCUCUUCAGAUUGGCUUCGGUGCAAUUGGCGGCAUUCUCGCGUCGACGACGUUCAAGCAAACGGAGGCACCCACAUACAUUACUGGGCUUUGGGUGACAACCGGCCUCCAAAUCUACAUCUUGUUAGUGCUGUGCUGCACUACCACGUAUUUUGUGAGGAGAAACAAGGUGGUUGAUCGACAGAGGGCGAACGGCGAGCCUAUGGACGAAAAUGAAGGGCAGGCCGGGUUUCGGUAUACUAUAUAG